UGAACAUAUGUCACGUUAUUUUAUGGCGGGAAUAACAUGUGGCGCACUACGGCAAUGUACGUUAAAUGUAUGAAACAAACGACUCCAAUAUGGCGAAUGUAAGGGACAGUGAUACGUCGUUGUGGCUUCAUAACAAGCUUGGUACGUCAAAUGAUAGCUGGACUGGAAGUUCAAUUUGUUCACAACUCAACGCAGAGGUAUUGCGGAAUAUCAAAGAUUGUUUUCCAGAUCUUCAAACGCAAGUUAAACUCAAAUUACUUCUUUCGUUUUUUCACAUACCAAGACGGAAUGUCGAAGAGUGGCGUGUCGAAUUGGAAGAAAUCAUUGAAGUGGCAUCAUUGGAUAGUGAACUGUGGGUAUCGAUGUUAUCCGAAGCGAUGAAGACGUUUCCAUCAACAGGUUCUUUAAACACAGACAUCACAGAUUUAGAUGAACAUAGGCCUAUUUUUGGAGAAUUAGUGAAUGAUCUUCGAAAACUUUUGAAAAAGCAAAAUGAUCCAGCGAUGCUUCCAUUAGAAUGUCAUUAUCUUAAUAAGACUGCUCUUACAUCCGUAGUUGGUCAACAGCCUACACCAGUUAAACAUUUUACACUAAAAAGAAAACCAAAAAGUGCAGCAUUAAGAGCAGAAUUACUUCAAAAAAGUACUGAUGCUGCGAGUAAUUUGAAAAAAAGUACUGCUCCUACAGUGCCUGUGAGAAGUAGAGGGAUGCCCAGAAAAAUGACUGACACAACACCUCUGAAAGGCAUUCCUAGUAGAGUUCCUACAAGUGGCUUUCGUUCUCCCUCACUUACAACUUCUUCGAUGUCUAAUAGGACACCUCUUAGUAACAGAAUGCGCAAAGACGUAGGCAUUAAGCUAUUGGAUAUUAACGAACAACCACUUGGUUAUGCCCAAGCAAAAAAACGAAAGAGAAUGAUGGAAUUAGAAGAACAACAGAAAAAAGUUGCAGAAGCUCAAGCAGUGGCAGCUGCUGCAGCUUCAACGGCUACGACUACAACAGAAACAUCGACGACUCCAGAAUAUGCCCAGGGUUUAACUUCAAUCAAUCCACCUGCUACUCCUAUCACUCCUGUAGCAUCUAUACAAUCUUAUACGACACCUACUCCACCAAGUGCAGUAUCGGCAGUAACGACACCACAAACUCCUACCACACCAAGUACACCUACGACUCCGAGUACAGUUAUACCUGUUUCGACACCGACAGUUAUUACGCCAGUGGAAAGUACACCUGUCGGAGUACAAACAGUCAGACCAGCUCAAACGGUUACACAAAUUCGUAUACAGACUACCGCACAACCUGCUAAUGCAGCAGCAAACACAAGAAAGGGUUUAUCUCUAACGCGAGAACAAAUGCUAGAGGCACAAGAAAUGUUUAGAACAGCUAAUAAAGUAACUCGACCAGAAAAAGCCCUUAUUCUAGGUUUCAUGGCUGGCUCCAGGGAUAAUCCUUGUCCGAAAUUGGGUAAUAUAGUUACAGUAAUGCUUUCGGAAAAUAUAGAGGAAGUGACUCAAUCAGAUGGUACUACUGUACCCAUGUUAGUUGAAACACAUUUCCAAAUGAAUUAUACGAAUGGUGAAUGGAAGAGGAUAAAGAAAAAUCGACGAAUCGUAACAGAAGAAUCAACGUCUGCUGCAACCCCUGCUCCCAAUGCAACCGCAACGGCUUCCAAUUAAAGAAAAAAAAAA